AACAAACACACACGUUUAUUUUGCCGCAAUGUCUUUAAAUCGUUACAUGCAUCCUCGAAAUAUUUAUCGAAAACCCCCGGAUUUCACGGAAUUAGCUUCAACUUACAAAGAAUUUGAAGAAAUCUCUACUUUGUCUCUUACUGGACGUCGCAAAAUCGACUUUAAAGACCAAAAAGCGUUGCGAGUCUUGACCCAAUGUCUUCUACACAAAGAUUUCAACCUUGUAGUCAACAUUCCCGAAGGAAAAUUAAUUCCGACACUUCCUUUGCGACUAAAUUACGUUUUAUGGAUCGAAGAUAUUUUGAAAACUUUUAAUUUUUCGUCAGAAAUUCGUGGAUUCGACGUCGGAUGCGGAGCUUCUUGCAUUUACGGGCUGUUAAGUGCUAAAAAGAAUGGAUGGAAAAUGUUUUGCACGGAAGUCAAUGAAGAAAGUCUAAAAUUUGCUCAAGAAAAUGUCGCAAGAAAUCAUUUGGAAGAAAAAAUUCAAGUAAUUUCUCAACCUGACAGCAAUGAGGACUUGUUCAAAGCAAUUUUUGGGAUUUCAGAAGAAAUUCACUUCACAAUGUGUAAUCCUCCGUUCUACGAUGACUCGGAUGAUGCAAUGGCAAAUCGCACCGGAAGUCGAGAUAUGCCCAGAAGCGUCAAUACGGGAAGUUCAAACGAAAUUUCGGUCGAAGGAAGUGAAGUUUCGUUCGUAAAACGCAUGAUUGACGAAAGUUUUGCCUUGAAAGACCGCGUAAAAGUCUUCACAUCGAUGCUUGGCAAGAAAACGAGCUUGGGAAGUGUCAAAAAUUACCUCAAAGAGAAAGGAGUGACGAAUUUCAUCACAACUGAAUUUUGUCAGGGACGAACAACACGAUGGGGCAUUGCUUGGUCUCACAUUUCCGGACUUUAUUUGAACAAAGUUCCCCAAUUUGAGCGAAAAAACAUGAAAAAAUCGACGGGACAUCUCGUAAAAUUUGUUUUUCCUGAAGAAAAUUCAGAUUUUAGUCUUGAAAAUCUCGAAAAAUGUUUGGAAAAAUUAUUCCAAGACCUGAAAAUGACAAUUUUGCUUCAUGAAAAGGAAGAAUCCGAAUCAAUUUGGGAAAUUUCCGCUGAUUUUAAUACUUGGUCUCAUCAAAGACGAAAAAGACGAAGGCAAGAAACGGAUGACGAUGAACCUCCGAAGAAAAUUGGACCUUCCGAGCCUCAAAAAGAGCCAUUUUUGGUCUUUAGUGCUUGUUUGAAGCAACUUUCUUCGUCAUUUCAGCUCGAAAUGGGCUUCUUGGAAGGCACCGCAGGCAAAGAUUCCGUAAAUCAAGUCCUACAAUACGUAAAAAAUAAUUUUAAAAAAUAUUUUUAACAAAAUUUAAGCGUUUUUUAUUCUAAUUUUUAUAUUUUUUUUAAGUCUUUAAUUUUUUUUCUACC